AUGCCUCCGAUUGAUUACUCAAAGUGGGACAACAUCGACACCGAUUCGGAGCCAGAGGCAUCGCCCCAGCAAGCGCCAGCAGCAAACCCACCCGCCGCCCACGCAUGCCUCGCCGCCGAUGGGUACAUCAGGUUUGAGAAACGCACAGCAAGUCGGGGCAUGUCGAAGCUGUCAUUGUCCGAUUCGGUGCCGUCCGUCCCAGGGCUCAUCGAGGUCCCGCUGGUCCUGGAUCGGACGGGGACUCAGUCCGUCAACGAGGCAGACCUCGACAACCAGAUUGCUACGUACCUCAAUAUUGAUGCCAACUCCGGGUUUGCACCUCCAGACUGGCAGUCACAAGUUGGCACCGUCGUGGUCGCGCGCAAGGACAGGAAGCCAUUUUAUCCGCAGCAUCUCGAAGGAGUGUGGAUGUUCUGCGACCAUAUCCUGGACCUGUUCGGGGAAGGAGACGGGCCGCCGAGGUGGCUUUACAGCCGCCAGGCGUUCGAGGAAUGGUGGGACGUCUACGUGCCGCGUUACGACGUGCGAAAGGUCAAACUAUAA